AUCGGGCGGUACCCACUAAGUAUUGUGGGCAAUCAGUAGACGACUGUGGCCCGUGGAGGUAACUCGUAGUGUUGUGCUUGAAGGGACCAUACCAACAUGGCCCGCCUACCGAAACACUACCAGACGGUAGCGAAUUUAGCGUCAGGAAUAGCCAUCGCACAGUCAGUGGUGGUGGCAGUGGUGGCAGUAGUGCUGGUUGUACUGAGCGCGUCGUGUUUAAACAGUGAAGCUACUUUCACAGCUGCCUCUUAUUUCCUUCGUCUAAUUAAGGAACAAUACCUCCAAAGUAAGUGGCGAUGUACCUAUCUAUACGCAGAAUGUUCAGUGUUCACCGAUGUACAAAAAGAUCUAAUGCCAGCUAGUCAAGUAUUUAUAUGGCUCAUUGUUAUUUUAAGUUUGUCAGUGGUGUGGCUGGUAGCAUCUGUAUCUCUAGUUAUUGUGUCGGACGAGAUAGCAGCUGGCUAUUUCCCGAGCGUGGCGUAUGUGUGGAGUGCGACCACCGUGGCGGUGGCGGCGGCAGACGUGGCCCUAGGGACCAUGUUCGGAAUCGACUUCGCAACAAUCCAUGCUGAGUUGGGUAAACACACGAUUGAAGAGCCGGAGGCGUAUAAAUUAGAUGUUUUACGAUAUGGGGCUUUCCUCAUGAUGACGUUCUCUCUCAAGGGCUUUGUUAUGAUCGUAGUGAACGUUUCGUUCGCUGUGGCACUUAUCAUCAUUGCGAAUUCAGCCAAACGGAUCUUGGAUACGUCGCAGCAUUCUGUACACACACGGGGGGCACUGAGUGCGUAUGAAUCAAACAAAGUUACUGCAGAGAUGUGGCAGAACCAGCAAGCGUUUGAUCAUCCGCUAGCCAACACCAGGGGCAACGUGAAUAGAGCGUUUUCUGACACAGAAAAUGCGAGCAUUGCAUCUCAAAACGACUACACGAUGAGCCGUUCCUUCGACCGGUCGGACUCGUGGCAUCAUACCAGAAUGCCCGCCGAGCCGGCCCGUCCGUUCCCUUACUACGACGACGGGCGAAGCCCUAGGGCUCCACAGCCACCGAUAGUGCCAAUGACAUCCAGCCCAGCCAUCGUGCCUCCCUGGCGAAGGGAUCCCUGGGAGACGCAGCCAGCAGUACCAGCCCCAGAUUAUAGCCCAGUCAAUGGAAGACGACUCAAGUCUGCCUUGAAGCCUGCCAUGUGAAUUUAGACUAUGGACAUAG